AUGAACGUGACGCACGGCUGCGAGUCCGACUGGGGCGUGGCGCCGGCCGACGAGCUGUACCGGUUCGUGCUCAACGGCGUGCUGCUCAACUGCAUCGGCGCGGGCGGGCUGCUCGGCAACGCGCUGGCCGUGCUCGUGCUGUCGCGGCCCCAGAUGCGCUCCUCCGUCAACUGCCUGCUGGUGGGGCUCGCCGCCUGCGACACCGUGCUCAUCCUCACCUCCGUGCUUCUGUUCGGCCUCACCGCCGUGUACCCGUACACGGGCCGCCUGCGCUACUACUACUACCACGUGUGCCCCCACAUCACGCCCUACGCAUACCCCAUCGCCAACGCGGCCCAGACCAUGUCCGUGUACCUGACGCUCAUCGUCACCGUCGAGCGCUGGGUCGCCGUCUGUCACCCGUUCCGAGCGAAGGCGCUGUGCACGUCGUCCCGCGCGCGCCUCUACGUCUUCGGGACGGCCGUUUUCGCGUUCCUCUACAACUUCCCGAAGUUCUUCGAGGCGGAGACGUACGUGAGCGUCGACGACGGCGAGCUCGUCCACUGCGUGAAACCCAACGAGGCGUUCCGCACCGAGUCUUAUAUCGCCGUGUACAUACACUGGAUGUACCUGAUCGUGAUGUACAUAGUGCCGUUCACGGCGCUCGCGGUGCUCAACGCGUGCAUCGUGAAGCAGGUGCGGCGCGCGCAGGCGGAGCGGGCGCGGCUGUCGCGCGUGCAGCGACGGGAGAUAAGUCUGGCGACGAUGCUGCUCGUCGUCGUGUUGGUGUUCUUCCUCUGCAACAUCCUACCGCUGGUCACGAACUCGUGCGAGGUGUUCUUCGAGAACCAGCUGGAGAAACUGGAUCCGCUCGUCAAGACGAGCAAUCUGCUCGUGACGAUAAACAGCAGCGUCAACUUCGUCAUCUACGUGAUAUUCGGGGAGAAAUUCAAGCGGGUCUUCUUGAAGAUGUUCUGCGCGGGCGGCAUAUGGCGGCGGGGUACGCGCGAAUCUCCGGAGCACACGCGGGACGACUCGUUCGCUUCGUGCGGGGAGCGGGUGUCGUUGAGGCUGGCGCGGAACGGGACACUGCGGCGCUCGGAAGCGCGCUCAGCGAGGAAUGCGGUCAACGGGAACGGCAGCGGGUGCGGGGCGGGGGCGGGGGCGGGCGCGGGUCGCGCGCGGCGCUCGCUGUGCCCCGCGCCCACGGUGUACUACCCCGCGCCGGCUACAGAGGUCACCUCCACCUCCCUGCAGACUGACACUCCGCCGCCCGCCGCCGCCAGGUGGAACGGACUCACCAGGGUACAUUUUUAG